AUGAUUUGCCUCCACUCGUUCGUCCUCGCCUUGUCCGCUCUGCCGGCGGUGACUGUGGCUUCUUGUGGCGAUCAGUUUGAUACCGGUUGUUACAGUCCCGCAGAUAUCGUAACCCGAAAUGUCGCAGUAAUCGGAGGCGGAUCGUCGGGGACAUACGCCGCCAUCAAACUCCGAGAUCUGGGCCGGUCCGUUGUCGUCGUUGAGAAGGAGGGACAACUGGGCGGCCACACGAAAACCUACCACGUUCCGGGAACGGGAGGCACGAUUGACUAUGGCGUUCAAAUCUACUGGAACACGUCACUGGUGACAGACUUCUUUGCCAAGCUCAACGUCGCCAUCACCCCAUUCCGUCCUUCCGGCGGCGCUACGACGGUGUACGUUGACAUGGAAACCGGGGAACGCCUCGCAAAUUUCACACCAAGCAGCGACUUGACCGCAUAUCGCGAGCAGCUCGUCAAAUACCCCUACCUCGCGUGGGGUUACAACCUCCCAGAUCCGGUUCCAGACGACUUGGCUCUUCCGUUCGGGCGCUUCAUUACCAAAUACCAACUGGAAGACGUCGCAUUCACGAUUUUCCACCAUGCUGCAGUUGGCGGGUUGGGCAGCAUUCUCCAGAAACCGACCAUCCACGUUCUCAAGGCUCUCAGUGAAGUCGUCUUCCGGGAGGGCGGGGGAGAGGCUUUCGUCACCGCGGCGCACAACAACCACGAGCUCUACGAAAAUGCCCUGACGGCUUUGGGCGAUGAUGUCCUCCUCAACUCCACCGUGGUCGCCGCUACUCGCCCCGAAGAUAGCUCGGCAAGCACGGGUGUCCGUCUGGUCGUACAGACACCGACCGGCAACAAGCUGAUCGUUGCCUCCCAAGUCCUCUUCACCGCCUUGCAAACGGUGGACAACUUGGAGCCCUUUGACCUUGACCAGCAGGAGCGUGACGUCUUUGGCGCGUUCAAUGUCACAGGUUUCUACUCUGGCCUCCUCAACAACACGGGACUGCCCGCCGGAUCCAGCUUCGUCAACGCCGGUGCCAGUACGGAGUACCACAUCCCGGCGGCGCCCGGGCUCUACCACAUCCAGCCGACUGCGACGGAAGGCAUCUGGUCGUUUUGGUACACGAGUGACGGCGUGGUGCCCGAGGCCACCGUCGAGCGCGACGUGCUCGCCGCCGUAGGUGUCCUGACCAACUCCUCUUCUUUCUCCCAGGCGCAGAUCCUCGCCCUCGGGUACCACGCGCCGAUGUACGUCUACCCGUCUGCGGAGAAGGUUCGACAGGGCAUCUACGCCGACCUCGACGCUCUGCAGGGUUACCGAAAUACAUGGUACACCGGCAGCCUAUUUGAACCGGCUGCAGGUCCGCUGUGGGUGUUUACACAGGCGUUGAUCACUAAGAUUGCCGCAACGGUGCAGUGA